UCCAGUGCUGGAGUCCCAGGACACCACAGGCUACUCCGCGUUACCCAGCUAAGGAGAUCCAAGGGCGGGAGCAUCACGCCAGUGACCCUGAGAAGCUCGAUCGUCGGAGUGGAGCAGCACUGUCAUUCCUCCCAAGUUAAGCCUUAGUGACCCUGUGACUGAAGUUAGUGACUGGACUCUGGGCAGUUAGAUCCGUCUCCAAGAGCGAGACUUUAGGCACUUUCCGUUGUUGUGACUAAACGAAAUAAAGAAACUUGUUUCUGGAGACUCGAGGCUCCCAGCUGGUGAGCCACCGUGGUGAACCUUCUUUGUGUGACUCCUGGAGUCCUCAAUCCCAACCGAACACCCGUGCCUGCGUACAAAGCGUUGCGCUCCCCCGCUAGCGCUCGAGUCUCGGUUUCUCUACUCGGGCCCCGUCUGGUCUCAGCAAGAUGAUCGCCUCGCAUAUGAUAGCCUGCUUAUUCACCGAGCUCAAUCAAAACCAAGUGCAGAAGGUUGACCAAUAUCUGUACCACAUGCGUCUCUCAGAUGAGACCCUUCUGGAGAUUUCUAGGCGGUUCCGGAAGGAGAUGGAGAAAGGACUAGGAGCCACCACACACCCUACUGCAGCUGUGAAAAUGCUGCCCACCUUUGUGAGGUCAACUCCGGAUGGGACAGAACAUGGAGAGUUCCUGGCUCUGGACCUUGGAGGAACCAACUUCCGUGUUCUUCGAGUAAGGGUGACAGACAAUGGCCUCCAGAGGGUGGAGAUGGAGAACCAGAUCUAUGCCAUCCCUGAGGACAUCAUGAGGGGCAGUGGAACCCAGCUGUUUGACCACAUUGCCGAGUGCCUGGCCAACUUCAUGGACAAGCUACAAAUCAAAGCGAAGAAGCUUCCCCUGGGUUUCACCUUCUCGUUCCCCUGCCACCAGACGAAACUAGAUGAGAGUUUCUUGGUCUCGUGGACCAAGGGGUUCAAGUCGAGCGGCGUGGAAGGCAGGGAUGUGGUGAAUCUGAUCCGGCAGGCUAUCCGGCGCAGAGGGGACUUUGACAUUGACAUUGUGGCCGUAGUGAAUGACACGGUUGGGACCAUGAUGACCUGUGGCUAUGAUGAUCAGAACUGUGAGAUCGGUCUCAUUGUGGGUACUGGCAGUAACGCCUGCUACAUGGAGGAGAUGCGUCACAUUGACAUGGUAGAGGGUGACGAGGGACGGAUGUGCAUCAACAUGGAGUGGGGGGCCUUCGGGGACGAUGGAACGCUCAAUGACAUCCGCACCGAGUUUGACCGAGAAAUCGACAUGGGCUCACUGAACCCUGGGAAGCAGCUGUUUGAGAAGAUGAUCAGCGGGAUGUACAUGGGGGAACUGGUCAGACUCAUCCUGGUCAAGAUGGCUAAGGAAGAGCUGUUGUUCCAGGGGAAGCUCAGCCCGGAACUCCUUACCACUGGCUCCUUCGAGACCAAAGAUGUAUCAGAUAUUGAAGAUGAUAAGGAUGGACUACAGAAGGCCUACCAGAUCCUGGUGCGUCUGGGACUGAGUCCGUUGCAGGAGGACUGCGUGGCCACACAACGAAUCUGCCAGAUUGUGUCCACGCGCUCGGCCAGCCUGUGCGCAGCCACCCUGGCUGCGGUACUGUGGCGCAUCAAAGAGAACAAGGGCGAGGAGCGACUUCGCUCCACCAUCGGUGUCGAUGGCUCUGUCUACAAGAAACACCCCCAUUUUGCCAAGCGUCUUCACAAGGCAGUGAGGAGGCUGGUGCCCGACUGUGACGUUCGCUUCCUCCGGUCUGAGGAUGGCAGCGGCAAAGGGGCGGCUAUGGUGACAGCGGUGGCCUACCGGCUGGCUGACCAACACCGUGCCCGCCAGAAGACACUGGAGGCUCUGAAGCUGAGCCGCGAGCAGCUGCUGGAGAUCAAAAGGAGGAUGAAGGUGGAAAUGGAGCAAGGUCUGAGCAAGGACACACAUGCAGUAGCCCCUGUGAAGAUGCUGCCCACUUACGUGUGCGCCACCCCGGAUGGUACAGAGAAAGGAGACUUUCUGGCCUUGGAUCUUGGAGGAACAAAUUUCCGGGUCCUGCUGGUGCGCGUGCGGAACGGGAAGCGGAAGGGUGUGGAGAUGCAUAACAAGAUCUACUCCAUCCCUCAGGAUGUCAUGCAUGGCACUGGGGAAGAGCUCUUUGACCACAUCGUCCAGUGCAUCGCGGACUUCCUUGAGUACAUGGGCAUGAAAGGCGUGUCUCUGCCUCUGGGCUUCACCUUCUCCUUCCCGUGCCAGCAGAACAGCCUGGACCAGAGCAUCCUCCUCAAGUGGACAAAAGGCUUCAAGGCAUCUGGCUGUGAGGGCGAGGAUGUGGUCACGUUGCUGAAGGAAGCAAUUCACCGGCGAGAGGAGUUUGACCUGGAUGUAGUUGCUGUCGUGAACGACACAGUUGGGACCAUGAUGACCUGUGGCUAUGAAGACCCUCACUGUGAAGUUGGCCUCAUCGUUGGCACUGGAAGCAAUGCCUGCUACAUGGAAGAGAUGCGCAAUGUGGAGCUGGUGGAUGGAGAGGAGGGACGGAUGUGCGUCAACAUGGAGUGGGGGGCCUUUGGGGACAAUGGCUGCCUGGAUGACUUCCGCACAGAGUUUGAUGUUGCUGUGGAUGAGCUCUCUCUCAACCCUGGCAAGCAGAGAUUCGAGAAGAUGAUCAGCGGCAUGUACUUGGGCGAGAUUGUGCGUAACAUCCUCAUUGAUUUCACUAAGAGAGGGUUGCUGUUCCGCGGCCGCAUCUCAGAGCGCCUCAAGACGAGGGGAAUCUUUGAAACCAAGUUCCUGUCUCAGAUCGAGAGUGACUGCCUGGCCCUGCUGCAGGUCCGCGCCAUCCUGCGCCACCUAGGGCUGGAGAGCACCUGCGAUGACAGCAUCAUUGUGAAGGAGGUGUGCACCGUGGUUGCCCGGCGCGCGGCUCAGCUUUGUGGCGCAGGCAUGGCCGCUGUGGUGGACAAGAUAAGAGAAAACCGAGGACUGGACAGCCUCAAAGUGACAGUGGGUGUAGAUGGGACUCUCUACAAGCUCCAUCCUCACUUUGCCAAAGUCAUGCAUGAGACCGUGAGAGAUCUGGCUCCGAAAUGUGAUGUGUCUUUCCUGGAGUCCGAGGACGGCAGUGGGAAGGGAGCGGCUCUUAUCACUGCGGUGGCCUGCCGCAUCCGGGAGGCCGGGCAGAGGUAGAGUCAGAGACCAGACGGGACUUCUCUGCUGCGUGGCCGCUUCCUGCUUUAAGUUAUGAGGAUGGAUGGACCCCUUGUAAUUUCCUGCACAGAGAGGACCCUGUGAGACUUGAGACUUUUGUCUCUGUAUAUUCACUGUAGAGUUUGACACCCAAUCCUUGGCCUUCCUGAGAAUCAGAAGUAUGGAAUUGUUCACAGUUGUUCCUGUUACCUCCAGAGAGCAUCCCUCCCCCUAUUCUACUUCCGGUACAAUCCUAUGGGAUGGAGAUAGUCUUAAAGACAUGGCUGCCUCAUCUUGGAUGUGAAUGUGACAUUUGUAGGUGGACAGCAUCUCACCAAAAGGAUGUUUGCUUCUUUUGUCAGAGGCAGACGUUGGGAGGGAGGCGGAGUAGAGGGACAUCCCCCCAUGUUGGCCUUAUGGCUGACCCUCUUCAGCUCAACCAUAAGCAUUUCCCUGCUGGUUCUAACAUUUGCUGUCCUGGAAUAGAGAAUCCAAACCAAAGCCAAGAGUUGACACCUCCUCCAAGUGUUUGUGGCUUUACCUCACAUGACUGAAUGCAUCAUCCACAAACAACAGACCUUGGUUGGGGGUGACUUUUGGUAGCUUUUUAAGUCUUC